CAAGCCCUCCUUCUAGCGGUGUUUUCAAAGUCCAUUAUGCCUUUUUGGGCUUUUUUUCACCGAAGUAACAUGCGACCCGGACUAAAUUUGUAUCGAAUAGCUUUCAAGUUGCACCCUCCACUUUAGUUUCUUCCAUGCCUACACAGAAAAAACGCCAUGUGUUGUCCGCAGUCAAACACAGCCAGCACAACCUUCGAAAUUAAAAUGACAGCCCAAUCACCGCCUAAACAAACCCGACCUACCUACCCAGUGCGGCGGGUUUGCUUGCUUGGUAACUCUUCUUCUUCUUUUUUUUUUUCCCCAUUUUUUUUAUUGUGAUACUGGCCAACAACAAAGUCAGUAAGUGGACCUAGCUGGCUCUGGUGGACAACCCAUUACCCACGGCGCAUGUUAGAUACCAACCCCUCUCACACCUAAGCGGUGGCCUCAUCUCAUCCUAGUAGAUCUCAAAAUCAGCCGCACACACCUCCCCCCCAAUCAAAUAUGUCACCAAACCCCACUUUCACCACCACCACCCCCACCCCCACCCACUUUCCCAUUCUUCUUAUCUUUCUUUCCUCCUUUUAUUUCAGUUUCCCCCUUCUUCACCUACGCCCUCUUCCAUUAUGUCCUCCUCUCCUCCACCCCCAGAUCCAAUCCCCCAGGGCCCAUCUCCUCUUGCUUUACCUGCGCCGCCGAUACAACCUCCCUCUGUCAAUCCCCGCCGUCUUCCUCCGCCUUGUUGGUCACACGACGAGACCAUCGCUUUGAUCGAUGCUUACUGUGAGAAGUGGUAUGCUCUCCGACGUGGUAACCUCAAGGCCACCCACUGGCAAGAGGUCGCCGACGCUGUAGGUCGACGAUGCCCGGCUUCGUCCCCACCGAAGACGGCCGUCCAGUGCCGUCACAAGAUGGAGAAGCUGCGGAAACGAUAUCGUACUGAGAUCCAGCGUGCGAGAUCCAUGCCUCUCUCUCGAUUCUCAUCUUCUUGGGUUCACUUCAAGAGGAUGGACUCCAUGGAGAAAGGUCCAUCGACGAAAUCGGGUUAUAAUUCUGACAGCGCAGAUGAGGACGACAAUGAUGACGAAGAUGAUGAUGAUAUUAAUCAAGAUUUGUAUCAGGAACGGCCUAAUUUUAAGGACGGUGUAGCUAACACGAGGAGUGUUCAUAAUUUGUAUCGUAAUGGAAUUAAUACGGGAGCUAGUGGUGGCGAUGGAAAUAGUAGUGGGUUUAGAAUCAGAAUCCCCACCGGAGUUAGUAUAGCGCAACCUGGGCCUAAGAUUUAUGCAAAGAUCGUAAACCCUAAUGCUAACCAUUCUCCUAAUUAUAACACUAAACCAAAUUUCGGGGGUCCAGGAGGGUCAGGGGUGAAUUAUGGGACAAGGGUUUUGGGAGGAUGUGAAGAGACGCCAAUUGCGAAGAGAGAAAGGGAACCGUUGGCGGAGAUGGUGGCGGCUAUAAAGAUGUUGGGGGAUGGUUUUGUGAGAACGGAAGAGAUGAAGAUGGAACUGGCAAGAGAGCUUGAAGCUAUGCGUAUGGAUAUGGAGGUGAAGCGUACGCAGAUGAUUUUGGAAUCUCAACAGCGGAUUGUGGAGGCUUUUGCUAAGGCUGUUUCUGAAAAGAAUAAGAAGCCCAAAAGGAUGCGCAGCCCCGAGGCUUAGAAGAUGAUCCCAAUAAUGGUUUUUGAUUUUUUUCUGGUGUAAGAGUGCUAGCUUUUUUUUUUUUUUUUUUGAAGUUAGAUUAUUAUAGUUGUGUUUUCAUGGUUUUAUUCAUUUUUUUGGGACGAACGUGGAACUUAAUUAGCUUUUGUUUAUAUAUAUUUAUAACCGUGGUGUCAUAUUGUGAUCAGGGCAAGGCAUAGACCUGAGUUGUUUCUUGUUAAUAUCUAGCCAAUGUCUCAUGUGGUAGAGAUUGAUGGUUA